AUGAAAUUUGUUUUAAGCAGUUUAGCGGAGCAGGUAGUUUGUAUUUCAGGUUACCUCCAACAAGGAGCAACUAAAAUGGAAAUGAUGGAGACACUAAUUGGACAUUCAUCUUACGAUGUCAAUUAUAUGGGUACACACGAUGAAGGAAAAAAAAUAAAUCAAAAUAUGAAAGUUGCGACUGGACGAAGAUCUUACAAAUGUGAAAUUUGUUUUAAGCAGUUUACUACAGCCAGUCAUUUGAAACGACAUUUAAGAGUGCACACUGGAGACAAUCCGUACAAGUGUUCCAUUUGUUUUAAGCAGUGUACUGAUAGAAGUUAUCUUCAACAAGGAGAAACUAAAAUGGAAAUUAUGGAGACACUAAUUGGACCUUCAUCUUACGAUGGCAAUUAUAUGGGUACACACGAUGAAGGAAAAACAAUAAAUCAAAAUAUGAAAGUUGCGACUGGACGAUGA